UCGCGGCCGGGCCAUAUUAUAAGCGACUGCACUCCGCGCUAGUUAAUGUUAGCUCGAGCCUCCACGAGAGACGCAUCUCUCUUGCCACCACUGCCGCCGCUGUCGCGCUGCUGCUGCUACUACUACUUAUAUACACGCACGCCUCCAUAUAGCGCCGCAGUAUCGCGUAUUGUGUGAGAGCCGACACGUUCACGUACAUACAGACACCGAACUGUAUAUCAAGAGGGAAAGAGACUGUCAACCCGCGCGCAGAUAACGCACGUUGAUAAGACGCGCUCGCCAGAAGGCAUCGUUGGAAGGUUCGCGACCCUCGCACAAGUCUUUCACUUGACACACACGCAUUUUCAAGAGAGAGAGAGAGAGAGAUCUCGAGAAAUCUUUCACGAAAGAAACGGUUCCGCAUUUAGUUGGUCCAGUGUUCGAGUCGUUUUUAGCUUUUUUGUCUCGAGUCGCGUGUCGAUCGUAAAAUCGAAGGAGGCAGUGUCACAAGUGAAGCAAAGGGGAGUCUUGAUUCGCCAGGCCCAGUGCGGAAAGAAGAAAAAAGAGUAAACGAUAAGAUCCGAGAAGAGAUCCACGAGUACAAUAAGUCAGGACCAAGUUGCGGAAGCAAAUAACGAAAUGAUGCAUUGUCAACAAAACAUCCAAUCUUCGUCGUCUAACGAUAAGCUCGCGAUGUUUUCGCCGGCCAUGUAUCACUCUCCGUACUCGACGUCGACGUCGUCGUCGUCAUCGUCGUCGUCGUUGUCGUCAUCGUCGUCAAAGCUGUCCACGAGGUCGUUCUGUCCGUUUCUGCUGUCUGUUCUCACGUGGUCGCUGACAGUCCUGCUGAUCUCGUCCUGCAUCGGACUGGGUGCGGAUGCCGCCACCAUCAACGCCCAUCCGCUGGGCAAAAGAUCGUUUUUCGAUAUUCAGUGCAAAGGCGUGUACGACAAGAGCAUCUUCGCCCGUCUGGAUCGCAUCUGUGAAGACUGUUACAAUCUCUUCCGGGAACCGCAAUUGCACAUGCUUUGCAAGCAAGAAUGCUUCACUACACAAUACUUCACCAGCUGCAUCCAAGCGUUGCUGCUUGAGGACGAGAAGGAAAAUUUCGAGAAGAUGGCCACCAUAAUUGGUGGUCGCAAGAAGUAAACGGGACACAGUAGGAGCAACGACGCGCCGCACCACGAAGGAGACAUACCACGCGACACAUGCACACGUAUAUACACACAUACACACACACACACACACACGUGAAGAAAAUUGAC